AUGAUCCAUACCUUCUACUUAUCUGUCGACCUCACUGGAGUCCACUCCGAGGUGAGGCGGACCAUCAUCUUGAUUGCGCAGAGGUACAUCGGCUGUGGCCAGCAGUUUGGUGGUGGGACCAGCGAGCUGCUGUCUGCCUUCCUCGCGCGGCACGCCUCAACCGACUGCCGUGAAGUGACUGUGGAGGGGGUGGACAGGGACGGUCAGACCCAAGUACACAAGUUUCAGCUGCACGAGGAAUCUGUGCCGGGAUACACCACCAGCAGCGGGGACAUGCAAGGAUGUUUUACCUGCUGCCGCUCAUUCGCCCGCGAGCUGGUCUACAACUUGGAGUUGCGCUUGGGGGACCUGACGCGCUUGAAUGGGGCGAAGCUCUUCAUGCCCCGCUCAUGGCCGAGGGGCGUAGAGGCAAGAGAUGCAGAGUGCAAGGAGCACCUGCACGGCCUCAUCCAUCUUUCAGGCCAAGAACCAGGACACCAUCUUGCCUGUCGCUCCAGCGACGCAUCGCCCACCCACCCCCUUGCUGCCGAGCUGCCCCCUCCCAUCCUGCAACUGACCCGCGUGCCCGCUACCCCCGUUCUCCGCACGUCCUCUCUCGCUCCCUUCCUGCCACUUCCCCCUCUUCCGCUCCCCCUUCCCCCCACGCCCGCCGGCGGCCCGCUCCUCGCGCGCGUCCCCGCGUUCAGCGCCGCCUGCCGCGGUUAUUCCCAGCGCUCCAAACCAUCUUCUUUGCCCGCGGGGCCUCCUUCGUCCGUGGAGGCCUCCGUUGUUAGCGGCAAGCUCAGCUUCGUAUUCCGCUCACCGCCACCCACACGGCCGAGAGAGCGGCCCGCAGAAGCCCCUCCGCGGCCGAUCCCCCCACUACCCUCUUCCCCUGUGCGGCUUGCCUAG